AGAAAAAGAAAAUAUUUUCAUUUAAAUCUGUGCAAAACUUUACCGGCUUUUGCCCGUAAAACAAAAGCAAAAAAAACCCUAACCUAUAGUUUUCUGCCCAGAGGGAGCGAAAAUGGUAACUUUGGAGUCCGAGUACUCGGCCAUCUUCAGCAAGGGCACCGAAAUUGAAGUCACCAGCGACGAGGAGGGUUUCAGAGGCGCUUGGUACCGAGCUACCCUUGUUGAGUUCCCACCAAAAUCUGCUAUCAAGAAACGCAAGAGGGCACUUGUUGAGUACAAGUACUUGCUUUCUGAUGAUGGCUCAAGUCCUUUAACGGAGUACGUUGACCCCGCUUAUAUAAGGCCCUUGCCUCCUCAAGAAAAUACUGAGAAGGAGCACUUUGAGUUAAACGACGUCGUUGAUGCAUAUUACCGGGAUGGAUGGUGGACUGGUACCGUAAGGAAGGUUCUUGAUAACGGGAAACUCAGGGUUUGUUUUGAUAACCCACCUGAUGUUCUUGAUUUUGAAGAGGAAGAUUUGAGAUUUCAUUGUGAGUGGGUUUUUGGGAAAUGGGUCCGAUCCGAAAGGCAGCAAUCAACAGGAUCCAUUUUUAGCCCGGGGACAGCAGUAGAAGUUAAUCUUGACAGAGUAGAAAACUUAUGUGAUGUUUGGCUCCCUGCAAUCAUCAUUAAAGAAAAUGCGGAUGGCAGUUUCUUUGUCAAGUAUGAAAAACAAAGGAAUGGUGAUGAUGCUGGAACCGUAAAAGUUACUCUGGAUUCCAAGCAUAUCCGACCUACCUUUCCUUGCUAUGUGGACAGAAACUAUGAAUUGCUGGAAAAAGUUGAUACAUCAUAUGGUUUUGGUUGGCGGGCUGGAAUAAUUACCAAAAUUCUUCACGGGGGAAGGUACUGUGUUCUUUUUAAGCCUGGAAAUGAGCCUAAAGAGUUUAUUCAUUCAGAGUUAAGGCCUCAUUUGGAGUGGACUAAUGGCAACUGGAUUAGUAAAUCCAAGGAAAUCUUGUUAGCUUCUGAUAAUCAAGAACAGGUGGAGCGUGCUGUCACGGGUGCCAACAACCCUGAUGUAGGUCUGAAAUUUGAAGGUUCAGGCUCUGGAAAGGAUAACAGUGAAGAUAAAUCACCUAAUCUUACCAACAUCAGAAAUAAUCAGAUGGAGCUGUCAACUCCCUGCCAUGAGGAUGCUACUUCUGAUUCCUUUCCUCCAAGCAAGAAGCAGAUAAAGCUGUCUAACUUUAACAGUACUAUCAUGCGAUCACAUCCUAACAAAAAGUUGACUGAAAGAAAUGUUUCAGAGACCUCAUCUCAUAUAAAGAAGAUGUCGAAUGAAACUGAGGAAGCACAGUCUGAUUUGGUCUCUGAGAAGGCAGAAAGCAAAGGAACUAGGCGCCUGAGGAAACCUGGGAUUGCUGAUCAGCCUCCUUCUAAGAUUGAGAGUCCUUAUCUCGGAAAGAGAACUAAGACCAUGCAACAGAAAUUUGGAGCAGACUUCCAAACAAUGGAUCAUGUAAAAAGGAAGGGAAGACUGACAAUACAAGUUAAAUUACCACCAGCUACAGCAACUGUUGAGCAGACCCGUAGUGUUGUGGCUACUGCUGAAGAACUGAAUGAAAAUUAUGGUAAAAAGAAAGAAGUUGAAAUGCCUGUCAUCUUAGGGUUAAAAGCUAAUGAGGGUGUAAGGGGCACGCCAGCUAGAAAUCCUGGUCUGAUUUCUAAGAAUGGAUCACUGAAGCUAAUGAGGGACCAGAAGAAAAAUUUAAUCGAUUCAGAAGGAGGCAACAGCGUGCAGCCAAGAGUUGGAGGAAGCAGCCAAAGAAGAAAAAGAGGAAGACCACGUAAAUUUGUAGUCAUAAGCUCCAGGGCUCCAGAGGAUGAUGGUAGGGAUCACAAAAGGGCUGGAGUUGCUACUGGCGAAAUUGGAGCAGAAGAUCAUACAACUAAUGAAACUGAAUUGCAUACAAUUAGGAGGGUGGAAUCUGCAGUUUCUCGAGAUAUCCCUGGAGAAAGAAUGGCUCAAGUUUCAGAGAUUGAUUCUGCAACAAAAGAAGUUGAUAUGGCCAUUCCUGUUGUAUCCAACGACUUGGUUGAUGAUGAUCAACCUCUAUCAACUUGGAUUGGAGGGAUGCACUCUUCAAGUGUUGAAGAAUUAAGAUUAUCCUCCAGUAGAACUGCCAGUGGAUUGAAUGACGCUAGAGAAAGGCAGAUUGAUAUAGUAACUGAAUCUUCUGCUAUUAAUAACAAACAGGGAAUGACAACAGUCCGAAACAAAGUGUUGCCUUUUGUGAAGAAGUCGCCUAUUUGGAAUACAAUUGAAUCCAUGGAAGUUUUCCAAAUAGUGUCCCAAAAUCCACAUUUUCGUCCUUUAGGUGAAACCAAGGAGGAGUAUCGAGAAGGAUCGGCUAUUGGUUUUAUGGUAACUUUUGCCAGUUUGUUUGAGAAGAUCUCCUUGUUGAAAUUUAAUGAUUCUAGAAGAAUAUUUGAUAGCACUUUGGAAAGUCUUUUGGAUUUAGAGAAGCAUGGAUUUGACGUUACAGUGCUACGAGGUCGUUUGAAUGCAUUGCUGUCAGUUAAGAUUGCGCAAGAACAAAAUCUUAACGAAAUAAAAGAUAUUGAUGAGAAGAUAGUUGAGCUUGCUAGUGACAAUACGAUGUUAGAUAAAGAAUUAGAGGAGACCAAAAAAAAGAUCAGUGAGUUGCAGGAAAAAUUGGAGUCUACAAAAUUAAAAAAGGAGAUGCAGGAUGUGGAGAUAUCUAGGCUGCUAUCUCAUGUUGAUGAUAUGAGAGAACUAGUUAAAAGUGUCCAGCAUGACUUUGAAAAACUAGCUACCGCUCCCUGGAAAUGAUGAUGAUGAUGAUGAUGAUGAUGAGAGUUGUUAAUUUUUUGUGCAUCUGGAGGGUUGGAAUGAUGGAAUUAUCUAUAUUUUGAUUUCUUAGGUGUCUAUCCACACCCUCUUUUGUACUUAGUUUUUAGAAUACAUGGAUGACCACUGUUUUAGUGAUGAACCCUUGACAUGGCUUUAUUUUAUUGGACUUGCCAUUGCUGUCAUUAAGCUGAUAGAGAAAAUGUUUCUCAUUUAUGCAUAUAUUAUACUUGGAAAAUAUUUUCUCUUUAUUA